CUAGCAAAUCUGCCCAGAAAAAGAUUCAGUUACAUAAUUUGGGAAUCGAAAACCGGUUACAAAGCCAAGAUAAGAUGAAAUAAAAUAAAAUCUACACCCUGCUUUUGACAGAAAAAAAAUACUUGCAAUUCUAUCAGGUCACUGAUGAUAAGAUCACAAAGCCUUUCGAUUAGUCCCGAUCUCCUCCUGAUACAAAUCAAUGAUCCCAACGUUGAAUCUCGUGAGACCAAACAGGACUCCCAACUUAACUAUAAUUACCGGAACAUGCCAUUGCCAUAACAUAACCCUUCCUCACUGUUGUUUUUUUCUUUUUCUUCCCAAUAAAUAACAACAAACAAUCACUCUCAUAACAGAAAAACCCUUUUUUCCCCUUCCUCUGAAGAGAAACAGAUUCGCAAAAAAAAAUUAAAAAAUCCCAAUUCUCUUAGCAAAAAUCGAAAUCAAUGUCGAAAACUCCGAAGGAGAAGGAAACGGAGGAGCCUCUGCCAGACCACCUCCGCUGCGGGCGCACGGACGGGCGGCAAUGGCGUUGCCGGCGGCGAGUGAAGGAGAAUCUGAAGCUCUGCGAGAUUCACUACCUCCAAGGUCGCCACCGCCAGUACAAGGAGAAGGUUCCCGAGUCGCUGAAGCUUCAGCGCAAGCGCAAAUCUAACAACAACAACAACAACAACAACAACGAGGAAGAAGAAGAAGAAGAAGAAGAGAAACCAGAGCCUGAUAAGAAGAAUGUUCUCGACGACAAUGUCGAAUCUAGGGCACGGAGAACCUCGAGAAUCGUGAAGAAGAAGCGCAUGCUUUCUGAGGAUUCCGAUGCUUCAGCUUCUUCUCCUCCGGCGAGGAAGAAGGCGCUGAAGCAGGGCGAUAUGCAGUUGGAGCUCUUGAGGAUGGUGCUGAAGAGAGAGGCUGAGAAGAACAAAAACAAGAGCAAGAGCAAGAACAAGAAGAACAAUAACAAAAAGAAGAAUAAGAAGAAGGAAAAGAGGAGGAAGGAGGAAAAAGAGGAAUUGUGUUACACUAAAGAAGAGUUGAGAAGAGAAUUGCCAAAUGGAGUAAUGGAAAUCUCUCCGGCUUCACCGACGCGUGAUUACAACAAUGUAGGUUCGCAUUGUGAUGUCAAAGUUGGUGUUGAUAGUAAAACUGUUACUCCGCGUUACUUUAGGUCCAAGAAUGUUGAUAGAGUCCCCGCGGGGAAGUUGCAGAUUGUGCCGUAUGGAUCAAACUUGAAAAAGGGUAAGAGGAAGAAGUGUCAUUGGUGCCAGAGAAGUGAGUCUGGGAAUCUCAUUCAAUGUUCGAGCUGUCAGAGGGAGUUCUUCUGCAUAGAUUGCGUUAAAGAGCGGUAUUUUGACGCUGAAAAUGAAAUUAAGAAGGCAUGUCCAGUUUGUCGUGGAACUUGCCCUUGUAAGUAUUGCUCUGCAAGUCAAUGUAAAGACAGUGAAAGUAAGGAAUGUUUGACUGGUAAGAGCAGAGUUGAUAGAAUAUUGCAUUUUCAUUAUUUGAUCUGCAUGCUCCUUCCAGUACUAAAGCAAAUAAGUGAAGAUCAGAAUAUUGAGCUAGAAACAGAAGUAAAAAUUAAAGGGAAAAAUAUUUCUGAUAUUCAAAUCAAGCAGGUUGAAUUUGGAUGCAGUGAGAAAAACUAUUGCAAUCACUGCAAAACACCCAUUUUGGAUCUCCAUAGAAGCUGUCCUAGUUGUUCAUAUAGCCUAUGCUCAAGUUGUUGUCAGGAAUUAAGUCAAGGAAAAGCUUCUGGAGCAAUGAACUCAUCCGUGUUCAAGCGACCUGAUAAAAUGAAACCUUGCAGUGCUAGUGAGAACCAUACUUUGGAGGAGAGAGCCACAUCUAUUGGCAAUUUAACUGAUACUUCAAUAUUGCCUGAGUGGACAAAUGGUAAUGGCAUUGAUAGUCUAUCAUGCCCUCCUACAGAGCUUGGUGGUUGUGGUAAAAGCCACCUUGAGUUGAGAUCUGUUUUCCCUUCCAGUUGGAUCAAAGAGAUGGAAGCGAAGGCAGAAGAAAUUGUUUGCAGCUAUGACUUUCCUGAAACUUCAGAUAAAAGUUCAAGUUGCUCAUUGUGUUUUGACACUGAUCACGGUACUAACAGAUAUAAGCAGUUGCAAGAAGCAGCUCUAAGAGAAGAUUCCAAUGAUAAUUACUUGUUUUGUCCCACAGUGAUGGACAUCAGUGGUGAUAACUUUGAGCACUUUCAGAAACACUGGGGAAAAGGCCAUCCUAUAGUUGUCCAAGAUGCGCUCCGAAGUACCUCAAACCUCAGUUGGGAUCCACUGACCAUGUUCUGUACUUAUCUUGAGCAGAGCAUUACAAGAUAUGAGAAUAAUAAAAACUUGCUUGAAUCCUGUUUGGAUUGGUGGGAGGUGGAAAUUAACAUUAAGCAGUACUUUACUGGGUCUGUCAAGCGUCGUCCUCAGAGAAACACUUGGGAUGAGAUGCUGAAACUAAAAGGGUGGCUUUCUUCCCAAAUAUUUAAAGAGCAGUUUCCAGCUCAUUUUGCUGAGGUAAUUGAUGCUCUACCAGUUCAAGAAUACAUGCAUCCCCUCUGCGGUCUUCUGAAUUUAGCUGCAAAUUUGCCACAUGGGAGUGCAAAACAUGACAUUGGGCCAUAUGUCUACAUUUCUUAUGGCUCUGCUGACAAAGAAACUGAUUCAGUGACAAAGCUCUGCUAUGACUCAUAUGAUGUGGUUAAUAUUAUGACACAUACCACAGAUGCCCCCCUCUCUACAGAACAACUUACAAAAAUAAGAAAACUGCUAAAAAAGCACAAAACUCUGUGUCAAAUGGAGACUAUUGCUACUGAGGAGCCACGGGAACAGAAAUUGAAUGGAAUGGCAUUAUUGCAUGAUCCAGAAACAGAGCGAAAAGGCUCAUGGAGUAUGGUCGAAGAAGGAAUGAACUUUUUCAGGAGAGUCAAUAGAACAUCUUGCAUCUCAACUGAAGCUAAAAAAGUUUCUAGUCAGAGCAUGGACAGCAAUGGAGAAUGUGAUUUCAUUUCUGAUUCUGAUUCUGGAUCCACUUUACUUCUCCUUGGGACUGUUCAAACUGCUGAAUUGUCAAAGCACAAUAAUCCUAGAAAUCCCUUUGAAAGCUCAAAAAGACAUAAAAAAAAGUUUACUGAGCAUUUGGGUGCCCAGUGGGAUGUCUUUCGCAGACAAGAUGUUCCAAAGCUCAUCGAAUACCUUAAAAGACAUUAUGCUGAAUUUUCUUAUACCAAUGACUAUGACAAGAAGAUGGUUCAUCCAAUUCUAGAUCAGAGCAUUUUUCUUGACAGUACUCACAAAAAGAGACUAAAGGAGGAAUUUAAGAUUGAACCAUGGACUUUUCAGCAACAUGUUGGACAAGCUGUCAUCAUUCCUGCUGGAUGUCCAUACCAGAUCAGGAAUUCUAAGUCUAGCGUUCAUGCGGUAUUGGAAUUUGUGUCCCCUGAAAAUGUUACUGAGGGUAUCCAGUUGAUUGAUGAGGUCCGACUAUUGCCUGAAGACCAUAAAGCAAAAGCAGACCUGCUGGAGGUAAAGAAAAUGGCGCUUCAUAGCAUGAAUACAGCAAUUAAAGAAGUACGUCAGCUUACAAGCAAAACAUGAUUGCACCAGCUAAAGUAUACUUAAAUGCCUCUGAGGCUCUAGAGAUCUAAUGUGUCAACCUGACUUCCAUAUCUUCAUUCUGUAUAUAGAUUCAUGCUCGGACAAAUUAAUAUCUAGUAAGGUAGUUAUUAAAUUGAUUAACUUGCGCAUCUAUAUUUUUUCUUUCUUCUGUGAAGUUUAUGCCCUACCGGAAUUGAAAUAAAUUUUAUGGUCUGUAUAUAUUUCUGCCUUCUUUAGUUUAUUUGAAGUACUGUAAAAUUUGAUUUGAAUUUUUUCAGAAGUUUUAAAUUGAUAUCAACGGAAAAUAGUGUAGUA